AUGUUUUCGUAUAGCUAAUUCACUUUGGUAUACAGCAGCAACUAAGACAACAAUGUUAAGCAAUUAUACUCUAAUAAAGAUGUUUAAAAAAAAAGGAAAAGGUAUUUGUUUGGAAAGCAAACCUGAGAUUAAAAACAUUGCUAUCAAAAUUCAGGAAGCACAGAAUUUGUGCAUUUUUAUGACAGGGAAACAUUCUACUUUUUUUGGUACUGAAAUUUGCCAAGGCUAAGUGGUCUUUGGAAUCAAAUUUAAAUAGUUUUCCUGUCACAGUGAAUUUUAAACACUGGUGGAGUUCCUGAUGGACAUAAAGGACAAUUCAGGUUUCUUAUCUUUCUUUGACUCCUUUUCUACAUGUUAUAAUUGUCUAUUCUUUUUAGAUUAAAAUCUAUUCAUGCCUAGUAUGCAAAUUUAUUUUAUUAAGAAUUAAGGUGAUAGGUCCAUUUCCUGAUAAGCAGAUGGAUGUUCCUGUGUCUUAUCUGAAUAUGAAUACAUAGUCCCUCAUACUGUAUCUUGAGUGGUCCCUGAAGUGCAGUCCCAGACCAGCAGUGUCAGCAUCACCUGGGAGCUUGUGAGAAGUGCAGUUUCUGGGGCUGUAUCACAGAUUGGUUGAAUUCAACUCCUGGGAUGUUGAAUUCAACUGCCUGGGAUGGGACCAGGCAGUGUGUGUUUUAAAAUGCCAUCCAGAUGAUCUGGUAUGUGAGAACCAUUGCAUCUGGACACACUGAGGAGGGGUUUGGAGAGGCUACUUUCAACUGUGAGUGUGAUGUCUAUAGCCCAUUACUUGAUUGUGAUUGUAAACAGUGCUCUGAAAUAACAUAAAACUUGACUUCUUUAGGAAAUUUAUGAGUAGUAUUUAUUCACUCUGCACUAAGAUCAAUGAACUAUGCUAAAAUGGAAAGUAUUAAGUGGCACAAAAAGCAUUUGAGAUAAUUUAAAAUGAUGUUUUAACAUCUUAAGCCUGUGAUCCUUGAAUCUGUAACCUCUUUGGUCCAGAGUAUGGACCCAGUUCAAGUGGAAACAAACUGUUUUCACGUUGGCUUUUUUAGAGCAUUACUAAUCAUUAAGGAAUUAGUUUAUAAACUGUCCUAUUCCCAAAUGUAUUUCUAGUGCAUUUGUUGCUUCCAUGGGCCUCCGUUGUUGUUUAUUUUCUCUCCAUCCUCAUAAAGUUGGUCUCACAGCAGCCGUCCUCUGGGGAGGUGUGGCAUAUUAUGCAUGAGGUUGUCUUUGAGCAGUUAAGGUCUAAGAAGGUCCUGAAGUAAGCAGUGCACCAUCAGAGCUCCCGGCUAACCUGUGGGUCUCCAAGCUGUGAGAGGCUUUAGAGCCAGGAGUGAGAUUUUAUCUCAUGAACUUUUAAAGAGUAAAGCCAAAUAUUUUCUUAUCAAACCAAAGUAGACUAAUUAUCAGUAUGUGUGAAAUCAUGUCCACUGAUCAAGGCAGCAGUACCUGUCCAAAGAUCACUAUAGUUUCACCUUGCUUGAAAAGCAGCACAACCACACUGAUUGAUCAGAAUGUAUCUGAUGAAGAGGCUCAGGAAAUAAAUGGGAAAACUCCAGCAAAACACUCAGCUGCAAGUCCAAAGCCACAAGUGCCUCCAAAGCCACUACACCUGCAGAAUUCGCCUUCAUCCAAUAUACACCAAACCCCCAGGCAUAAAGCUUUAUCUAGUGCAAAACGAAGGAUGGAGGAAGUUAAACCUGCCUCUGCUUCUUGUAUCUCAAAAGAAAAACCCAGUAAGAUAUCAGAUCUCAUCAGUCGCUUUGAAGGAGGCAGCUCAUUAUCAAAUUACAGUGAUUUGAAAAAAGAUUCUGCUGUGAACCUAAAUGCGCCUAGAACCCCAGGAAGGCAUGGAUUGACAACCACACCUCAGCAAAAACUCCUCUCCCAACACUCACCACAGAAGCAGGGAAAUGAUACAGAUCAAUCUCAGGGUGCACAGACUUGUGUGGCUAACGGUAUGGUAGCAGCACAAAACCAGAUGGAAUGUGAGGAGGAUAAAGCGGCCACUCUUAGCCCAGAUACUCCUAUUCAAACUUCUGAACCCUUGCCCAAUACAAACUUAGUGAAUGGAGAAAGACAGGAAACAGCCACAGACUCUGCAUCCCCCACAACAAAUGACUGUGAUGAAAAUGCUUCUGACAGUAGCUGCAGGACUUUACAUGUCGGCCCAGUGCUCCCCCUGGAAGAAGGAAGGGCAGACACAGAAGCCAAGGUACAAGAGAGGGAAGAUGGAGAAAGCCCCCUAGAACUGGAACAGCUGGACCAGCAGCCUGAGAUGAAGGAGACUAAUGAGCAAAAACUUCACAAAAUAGCCAAUGAACUUUUGCUUACAGAAAGAGCUUACGUCAGCCGACUUGACCUCUUAGAUCAGGUAUUUUAUUGCAAACUACUGGAAGAAGCAAAUCGAGGCUCAUUUCCAGCAGAGAUGGUGAAUAAAAUCUUUUCUAAUAUUUCAUCAAUAAAUGCCUUCCAUAGUAAAUUCCUAUUACCAGAGCUGGAGAAAAGAAUGCAAGAAUGGGAAACUACCCCUAGAAUUGGUGACAUCCUUCAGAAAUUGGCCCCAUUCCUUAAGAUGUAUGGAGAAUACGUGAAGGGAUUUGAUAACGCAAUGGAAUUGGUUAAAAACAUGACAGAGCGUAUUCCCCAGUUCAAAUCAAUAAUUGAAGAAAUUCAGAAACAGAAGAUCUGUGGGAGCUUGACUUUGCAGCAUCACAUGCUAGAACCUGUUCAGCGGAUUCCCCGGUAUGAGAUGCUCCUUAAGGACUACCUAAGGAAAUUGCCCCCUGGUUCUCCGGACUGGAAUGAUGCUAAAAAAUCACUUGAAAUUAUAUCUACAGCAGCAAGUCAUUCUAAUAGUGCAAUAAGAAAAAUGGAGAACCUAAAGAAACUCUUAGAGAUUUAUGAAAUGUUGGGAGAAGAAGAAGACAUUGUAAAUCCUUCAAAUGAACUAAUAAAAGAAGGACAGAUCCUCAAACUAGCUGCUCGGAACACAUCGGCACAAGAACGCUACCUUUUCUUAUUCAACAACAUGUUGCUGUACUGCGUGCCAAGAUUCAGCCUGGUGGGCUCUAAAUUCACAGUUCGAACCAGGGUUGGCAUUGAUGGAAUGAAAAUUGUAGAGACUCACAAUGAGGAAUAUCCACACACUUUCCAGAUAUCUGGGAAAGAGAGAACCCUGGAACUGCAAGCCAGUUCUGAGCAAGACAAAGAAGAAUGGAUCAAGGCACUUCAAGAGACUAUUGAUGCUUUCCAUCAGAGGCAUGAAACCUUCAGAAAUGCAAUUGCCAAGGAUAAUGACAUUCACUCAGAGGUUUCUACUGCUGAGCUAGGAAAAAGAGCCCCAAGAUGGAUCCGAGAUAAUGAAGUUACAAUGUGUAUGAAAUGCAAGGAGUCUUUUAAUGCCCUGACGAGGAGAAGGCAUCAUUGUCGAGCAUGUGGACAUGUGGUUUGUUGGAAGUGUUCUGAUUAUAAAGCUCAACUUGAGUAUGAUGGUGGUAAAUUGAGCAAAGUUUGUAAAGACUGUUAUCAGAUAAUAAGUGGAUUCACAGACAGUGAAGAAAAGAAAAGAAAAGGAAUUUUAGAGAUUGAAUCUGCAGAAGUAUCUGGAAACAGUGUGGUAUGCAGUUUUCUUCAAUAUAUGGAAAAGUCAAAACCUUGGCAGAAAGCUUGGUGUGUGAUCCCCAAACAAGACCCUCUUGCGCUGUACAUGUAUGGUGCCCCCCAGGAUGUCAGAGCCCAGGCCACCAUUCCACUCCUGGGCUACAUUGUGGAUGAUAUGCCGAGGAGUGCAGACCUGCCACACAGUUUCAAACUGACCCAGUCCAAGUCUGUGCACAGCUUUGCUGCAGACAGUGAAGAACUGAAACAGAAGUGGCUGAAAAUCAUCCUUUUAGCUGUCACAGAAAUAUUAGUAUUAGAAGAGAAUUUCUGCUUAUCCAGUCACCAUCUUCACAUUCCACAUGUUCUUUUGCCAAGCACAAAGAGAAGCAAUGAAGCAGCCUCACCUGUUUCUUAUUAAAGAAUCAUGGAUGCUUUUACUUGGAGAAAGGCAAAGGAAUACUCUUAGCCAUUUAGAAAUACUCAACCAAAAGACCUCAAAAUGUGAUUGGCUGGUUACAAGAAUAAUCUGUCUUUUGCUUUCUGAGACACCUGAGCAGUCAUGACAAAUUGAACCUAGAAAAAUAAUUGGUUGUUUUACUAUUAAAACCAACAUUCCAUUCUGGUCUUAUUCUUUAUUUUCUCUAAAUCAUCUUUUCUUUAAAGUGCCCUUUCUCCAAACUUAACAAAAUACUUCUUUGAUAAAAACUGCUAUUUUUUAUAAAACAUUCCAGUUUUUUCAACAUAAAUUUUGCUUUACUGAAAGUCUACCAAUGUAGUGCAGACUUAUCUCCAGGUUUUAAGGGGGACCCAAUAAUGAAAAAUGCCACCAGCCACUUCUGUAAUAACGGCAUCUAUAAUGCCAUCAUGUAUGCAAGCAAUAAAACUCUACAGGGUAGGUUUUACACUGAACUUUUAAUGUGAACAUUCCUAGCCACAAGGAUAUAGAGAAUUAACUCCUAGGAUUGAUACUGUGAUUCAAAUUGCUUAGUAUAGGGAAAAGAACGUAUGUGUGGCGGGGGGGUGGGGGAGGGACAACAUUAUACCUUGGAUUCAACCAUCAAAAGCCUUUUUAUUUUAUUUAAAAAAAUUUUUUUUUAAAGCCUUUUUUUUUUUUGCAAAGGGUAUGUAUGGGUGGUUAAAAACAGUUAAAGUACAUCUGCACUACUUUAUCAAGUUACAUUUCAUUUUCCAUAAAGUUUAAUAUAGCUUGGUGUACUUAUAUUCACAGGAUAAACUACCCAAAUUAAAACAACAACAACAACAACAACAACAACAAUUUUUUAAAAUUACCACACUUUGUAUUGUCUUCUUUGUGGAAACAGGAAACAGAUCUAAAUUCCCCUUUAAAUUUUAGAUCUCAUUUCUGGUUAUACUCAAAGCCUUAAGUUCUUCUGAGCAUAUGUAAUAAUGAUCUUUCUGAGCUGGAUAUAUCCUGAGGAAAAGACACCAACAGGAGCAAAUAAACUUUUAGGGGACAAAGGUCUUUUUUUCUUUUUCUUUUUUUUUUUUUUUUUCAGGUAUCCUUGCUGUAAUGCACAGUAGAAAAUACAUUAAAAUUUUCUACAUCACAUAAUGUUCGUGUUAGCAGGUCUAAGAUUAAUCACAUGGUAUUUAUAAGCUAAAAUUAAUUCAAAAGGCAAGAAUGUUGUAAUGUCUUCAUUCUUAACUUUUGUAUUCUUCAAGAAUAUAUUAAUAUAAAAUCUGCGGCUAACCUGUUCUUGUUCUUAGGACUAUACUGGACAUCUGUAGUGGAUCAUGUUACUUUUUCAUUCUCAUCCAAUUUUAGUAAAAUCAAAUUGCUUUUUAUUUUCAUAUUACUAUCUACUGUAGAGUCUCCAGAUUUAGAAAAUAGGAGUAUGAUAUAUAAAAGACCACUAGAUAUACUUUUAAAACCCUUUCUAUGAAUUUAUGCAUACAUGUAUAUAUGUAAAAGCACUGUUGAUUUCCAAUUCUGUUUUUCCAUAGGAAUGAAAUUUUUAUAGAAAGUAUUCUUUUUUUUUUUGUGGUAUGCGGGCCUCCCUCUGCUGCGGCCACUCCCGUUGCGGAGCACAGGCUCCGGACGCGCAGGCCCAGCGGCCAUGGCUCACGGGCCCAGCCGCUCCGCGGCAUGUGGGAUCCUCCCAGACCGGGGCGCGAACCCGGUUCCCCCGCAUCGGCAUGCGGACGCGCAACCACUGCGCCACCAGGGAAGCCCAUAGAAAGUAUUCUUUUUAACUUAAAUAUUUUAACAUAAAUUAUAUACAUGGAUUUUUAGUAUAAUUCAUUCUUAUGUAUGCCCUGUAAUCAUGUUGUCAUGAAAGGGUAACUUUGCUUUCUUUACUGAUGUGGUAGAGAGGAAUAAGAUUAGGAACUGAAACAAGCAAGAACAGACACAGAGGUGAACAGAAAGAGUCCCUUGGUUUCCAAAUCAGAGCAAUAUAUGCUAAGAUAAAUGGAAAACACUUAAACUGCAGAGGGAUAUAAACUACAAGAUGUAAAUCUAUGUAAUUGCACACUGAUGGGAUCCAUUACACCUGGGCCUUUCACCUUGGCCUCUAAAUUAUACCACUAGUAUCUUGUCAUUACUUUUUCUUUAGACCUAAAAAAAAGAAUUAAUUCUAUUGGACCAUUUUCUGCACUGUUUACUGACAUUAAAAAAUCCCUCUAAAGUCAAUCAUGGUCUGUAUUCUACUUUCUGGACUGAACAUUUGGCAGAAAAUAGUGUCUUUUCUGUCUUUUGAGAUGAAAUAGCACAUGGCUUCUUCAAGAUAGUUUUUAACUCAUUGGGGGUCACUGAGAGUUACAUGAUGUUUACCCCUUCCUAAAAUUCAUUAUAGAUUGAAUUAGUGAGAUUAGGUAGAUUUAGUGAGAAAUUAAAUCAAGAAAUAUUGUAGCAUAUUUGAAUAAGUGAAUACCAAAUACAUAGAGUUAUAUAUAUAUAUAUAUUAUAUAUAUAUAUAUGGGUUUGGGAAGAGACAUAAUAGUCUAUGGGGACCAUUAUGAUAACAGAAUUACAUUAUAUAUUACACAUUAUAUGGAUGUUGAAAUGUAUCGCUUGGGGGGGUCUCCCUUCAUUAGCAAUCAUGUCUGUAUAUAAAACUUUGGAGGUUUUUGUUUGUUGUACCCAAACUAGCAUUUCAUUUUAUGAGUGACAGUCGACUGAUAUUCUUGAAUAAGUGUUAUCUGGGUUUUUGAAUUGUUGACUGAUCAGUUUGAAAUGUAUGUUAGCAAAAUUUUAGAGUUAACUCAAAUGUGAGAAAGUGUACACAAAAAGUAAUUUUUCUCUUCUAGCUAUAUGAAUGUAAAAUACUUGCAGAUAGUGUAUAUUGUGUAACAUAUGUAUAUUUGGUCAUAAAAGCAGAGAAUUGGAAACAUUGUAAAAUUAAGCACUUUAAUUCCUAUUAAAUAUUAAACACUUGUAUCU